AGUUGUAGUCUAUGGCUACAAAUCAACGUUGGUUCACUAACUGGUGAACAGCCUGUUUUGUCAUUUUUAUCGAGAUACAGACUUGGCGUUUUUGCGUGCUACAUUUUAACAUUUCUUUGGAGGGAGGGGGAAGAUGGGGAGAAACUCAACCAAACGAUGUGGACGAGCGGCGAAGACUAAACGUUCUCACCGCCACAGAGGCAAAAUUAUUCAGAGGCGAGUCUCCAGUUUGAAACCACUAGAGGGACUGCUUGGGAAGGGAAUGAUAAAUCAAGAGGUUUAUGACCAGAUUAUGACAACCACCUCCCAGAGGAAAGAGGUACUGCUUUCUCAGGCUUUGCACACUGGAGGAGAUGAAGUUAAAGAAGCUCUUUAUGGUGUGCUACGGGAGGAGUUCCCUCACUGGUUUAAAGACAAGAAAAGACCAAAGAAACAUACUUCAGAGAAUAAAGAAAAUGAAUGCAGUCAUGAAACUAAGGCAAGAUGCCCACCUAUUCAUAUGGUUGCCACCUGUCCAUCGACAUCUACUCAAACCGAGGACGUUCACAACGUGUUCAGUAGUAGGCCUACAUGCUUUGCACACUGGAGGAGAUGAAGUUGAAGAAGCUCUUUAUGGUGUGCUACGAGAGGCGUUCCCUCACUGGUUUAAAGAAAUGGAGAGAACAAAGAAACCGUCUUCAGAGAAUAAAGAAAAUGAAUGCAGUCAUGAAACUAAGGAAAGACGCUCACCUAUUCACAUGGUUGCCACCUCUCCAUCGAAACCUAUACGGCCUACUCAACCUGAGGACAUCCACAUCACCUUCAUUACUACGCGUUCUGUUGGAAAAGUUGUUUUUGCACCAAGAAUAAUGGAUGCUAAAAACGUUUUUCUAGUGAACAAUAUUAAUUACCAUGUUCACCAGUAUAUUUCAGCCUCUUCCAUCUCAGCAAUUGAGGAUUUACGCCUGGUGUAUAAUAUGUGUGCUCGAGUUGAUAAAUUCAUUUCAACACCAUCAGUCACAAAUGUCCUUGGAAGCGUUCACACUGUGUACAACAUAACUAGACGAGUAGGGCAGUUGUUUUCCACGAAAAAUAUCACAAACAUUCAUGGGAGUGUUUGCAUCGUGUACAAUAUCACAGGACGAGUAGGGCGAUUGAUUUCAACACUAAAUAUCACAAACAUUCAUGGGAGUGUUUGCAUCGUGUACAAUAUCACAGCUCCAGUUGACCUCCUGGUGACAGAUCUUACUGUUGUAAAUGUCCAAGGAAGUGUGUAUAUCAACUUUAACGUGUCAAGUCACAUAAACAAACAUAUUUCUCUACUGAUGAUCACCAAUGUCAGGGGGGACAUUUACAUAAAUUGUGGAUCGAGAACUGCUGAUUGUUUCAGUACUCCAUCCAACUGGCUCAGUGAGCUUCAGACCUCCCUACCAGACAAGAGCAGCUUGCUCCAGACAACCAGAGAGGCGGCUUCAUGCAACAACCCAGAUGCUCCUCUAAAAGUCUACGUGGAGUGCUUAGAGAUGGAGAGGAGGUUCCUAGACACACUUGGAAUUAUUGAGUGUGUUCAGGCAAGAAAACGUCAUCAUGAUGGAUUACUAAAAGGGCCUGUGAAUACAAAAUUCCUAGGGGAGGUUACUCUAUGUGAAGAACAAGAGAAGAAUGGGCAUAAGAAGCAUCUGGAUUCCACAGAGCUUGAGUGCCACCAUGACACUGAUGAGAAGUGUGCGAUAGAGAUCGGUGUGGAGCACUCGGAGAGAGGAGAGGAGAGGGGUGAGCCUGAAGAAGUGGAUGAACUGAAGAAGAUGUACAUGCUGGACGAUGCAGAUGGGGGUUCACCGCCUGAAGUUCACCGUCUCAACCAACCAGUGAAUAGUUGCAUAUCCUGUGGCCGCAUCACAGAUGACACCCUUUGGAAUCUAUCGGAACCCUCAGUCUCCACAGAGACAGGUGUUCUUGUGUACGAGCACCGCUCUCCCCCUGGAAGUUAUGAGUGCACCGUGUCUGGCUUACGCUGGGUUUGUGCUGGCGAGGUCUCCUUGCAAUAUCGCCUUGCUGAUCCAGACAUAUUUAAAGCACAGUUGGAAAUGUUACAGUACACACCAAUUGGCCCCUUAAUGGACAUCAAGGUGCUCUCAGGUGAGCUGGACGAGGCUCACCUGCCCCAUUCCGCUUGUGUAGAGCACUCUGAUUCCUCGUUCAGUGAUGCAGUGAGAGUCCUGCGCGGGGACGACUCCGGCGUAUCUCUGGAGAAGUGUGCGCAGCUGUCGUGCCUCCACGCCAAGCUUCGCUACCCCUCGUUCUCAUUGGUGGGGCUCCUGGUCAAGAUGCGUAUUCCAGUGUGGAGUCUGGUGGACGUGUUAAUUUACAGGACCAGAAUAGCGCCAUUGACCCUGUUCAUAUACGUGGUGCCAAGGGACGCAUCCAUGAUCCAGGCAGUGGAGGACGAGGGCAGGAGGAUUGGGGGCAAGAGAAUCGACAAGCAUCGACCCAACACAUCUAUUUGGAUGAACGCAAAAGUGAGCCUCGUAUCUGGCAUGGCUGAAAUCUCGCCCAAGGAGAUCACCCUGAAUUACGCCAGACCCCCGGAUUUGUUUGAGGUGUUUGUGGAGAACGCCAACGCCGAGCUCAUUGACCUAGAGUUGACCAGCAACGGACAGUCCAUAUGGAAUGUAACAUUACGACCGGUUGAUUACAGUGAGGCCACCGGUGUUGCAAGACGUCACCCCUGUGUCUCCCAAGCAUCCAGGCUCACCCCAACAGUGGUCAGGAGAGAGGCCCAACUGAGGAGUGGACCAACUUCCCACAUGGAGGGUCGAAGAGAAUUGGCCUCGCUCUCUAACAAAGAGCGAGUGUUCAUGGUUCAGUCGGAUCUCAUCAACAGAGGAUCUAAAGGUCUCCUCAAAGGAAUGCUGGUCAGUCUUCAGUCUCAGAAGCCGUCUGUGGUCAGCCAGUGGGAGGUUAACGAAGUCCUGCAGGGGAACAAGGUGCUGCAGGACCAGUGGUUGUCCUUCCUUACUGUGUUACAGAACAAAGGGAACACAGCAUGUGGUAUCAUGCUCCGUUUACUCAGAGAUCUUGACUACUACUUCUAUGAAGACUUGGGCCUGUAGCCUUAGCACUACAACUUGCUUAUCCUACGGACAAUUGCACUUAUUGAUGCACUUACUACACUCAUUGAUGCACUUAUUGUGGUUGUUGUUUAUUGUUGUAACAUUUUUUGUUAGAAUUGCUCUUAAUAGCUUAAAAUGUUUUUUACCAUGUUGUAAGUCGCUUUGGUUAAAAAGCGUCAGCCAAAUGAAAUGUAAUAAAUAGUUUCCUGGAUUUUAGCUUGUUUAAGGCCUAUUGCAUUGUAGCAUGUGAAGCUUUUUCCUAGAUUGCGAUGCAAUUUAUUUUAGGUGAACAUUUUGAAAUAGGUCUCUAGAGUACAUGGAGUCCAGCAUCUUGAAAGGGAACCAUAAAGAAUUCACAUGUUUUUUAGGCACAUGCAUAGGUUAAGAUCAGAGGUUUGUUCAAAUUCGCAAAACAUACACUACAGUAUAUGAACCAUAAUGUUUGCGAACUGGUUUCUGUUUGCCUUGAGUUCUCAGUGAAUGUUUGUGAAUACUCAUUAUACCUAUUUGUUAAAAUUGAACUGUUCAGGGAAAGCGUAUUCGCCAAGAACAUUCGCCACUGUUUGCCCAAUUUGAACACACCUCCGAUAUCACUUUUGUAGUGAUUCUAGAGACUACCCCCUCAUAUGCACAAUAGGCGAAGGAACUGACAAAUUCGCUGCAUUCUUUACAUUAGUAAUCAUAUGCAUGUGACAAAUAAACAUCCUUGUAUCCUUGUAUCCAUGUACUUCUACCACUAACCAAACCAACAAGCUCCUGCCAACUGUCUUCCACUGUGCUUUUGAUCCAUUCAUCCCACUGCUACCGUUGAUGCUCACAAUGUGCUACUGAAGACAUCAAUUCCAUAUAUCAAUACAAAUCAUGCCUGCACACCUAGUGCCAAACCCAACCCUGUUGUCACCAUUCACGCUCACUUAGAGCCAUCGAUUCAGAUUAGGUUUCCUAGACAACAAUCACAUGUACAGCCCCUCUUUUCAGAGUUUCAGAGGUGACUAGGGCCAUAGCUAACUCCCAUGCCAUGUGGAGAGAUCAAUGGCAUAAACAGAGUUUAUAGAUGGCUACAUGAUUAAUGUUGGCUAACUCAGUUUUAAGUCACUUUGAAUAAAAGCAUCCAAUUUCAUAAAUGUAAAUAAACAGGGCAGCUCACAUUUGUUCAAAGGUUUUUAUGAACAGAAUUCAUUCAUUCAUUCAUUUAGUAAGGACUGCCUUUUGAGAGAGUUGAUUUAAUACAUCUUUACAUCUUCAAAUGCUUACCGUGACUUCAGAUGCUUACCAUAACCUUGACAGAUAUCUCUGUAGUAUCACUGCACUCACUGACAGUUAUGAUGGCCCAACUUUUCUUUAAGUCUGUUAAUUGCAUGGGCCACCCUUUCUAGACACAAUUCCUUUGUGCAUGUGUGUCAGAGGAGUGUAAUUUUCUCUCAGUGUGUAGCUGUUGUGUUGCCCCCUGAAGGUAACCCCGGUGACCUGUACGAAUGUAUCUUUUUUGUGUCCGCCCGUACAAAAGUCACCAGCAGUUGAAAGCUACAAUAGCCUACAGGGACCCACUAUCAGGUUGCUCUCUGUGGUGCAAAUAGCCGAAGACUUCUUUUUAUAUGAAUUUACACCAGAUUGUCUCUUGGAAGGUGAUCAGUUCUUCCGAGGGAAGUCGCUUGCCAUCUUGGCUCAUGAAUAACACUAUUACUUAGUUAGUGAUACCACCACCUG